AUGAUCGACUGUCCAUGUGAGGUCUCCACAUCGGUGGCAUCUUGCCAUAAUGCCUGUCAGGCACCUCCGUGCCUCCUCUCCAAGACCGUCCUCUUCCUGAUACUGGAACUCCCAAACAUCACUCAACUGACCGCUCCCUUGCUGGCCAAUGUGCCAAGCCUGCACAGCCUCCACAUUAAAUCCUCCUCCAUGACGACCGUCAGAUCACCCGCCUUCGCCAACAACCCACAACUGGAAGAACUCAAAAUGGAGGUACCGAACUUGACCAUCUUGGAGCCUGGCGUCUUCCAGUCGCUGCGCAAACUCAAGCACCUACGGUUGGACUGUGCGAUCCAGAGGUUGGAUGAGGAUCAGUUCGUCCUGUGCCCAGACUUGAGGCAAGUGAGCAUUCACGCCAGGCUCCAGGAGAUACUGCCUGGAACGUUCAGACACAAUAAGGCACUCAGCUUCCUGAGGCUUGGCCAUAACCACUUGACACAAUUGCCAGAUGGUCUGCUCGCCGGCAACCCUCAAGUGGAUUACGUGGACCUCACUCACAAUGGCAUACGGACCAUCUCUGCUGGAGCGUUCAGGAACGCUUCGAGCCUGCAACAGCUAUUUCUGUCUCGAAAUCAUCUGAAAACCCUAGAGGAGGGGACACUGGACGGUGCAGAGCUGCUCAUCGUUUUCCACGCUUCAGAGAACGAAAUCACAUACCUGCCCCCAUCAAUCUUCGCAAAAACUGUGUCGCUCAUAGAAAUCCAUUUAGAUUCGAACAGCCUGAUGUCUCUUCCAAAGGACAUAUUUGCAGCUACCACCAGUCUCAAGUCCCUGGAGCCAGAGCUGUUCCGGCACACCCGCCAGCUGACCACGCUGGAGCUCACUGGGAACGCCCUCAACACCCUUCCAUCAGACGUGUUCGCCGGGCUGCAGAGCCUGCGCUACCUCUACCUGUCGGACAACCAGCUGGCCUCACUGCCCGCCGAUGUCUUCAGGCCGACCACUGCCCUGCUGCAGCUGGUGAUGUCAGGGAACCUCCUCCAGGAACUGCCAGAGGUAGUGCUGGGCGGCUGCCCCCAGCUGGCAUUCUUCUUCGUGGACCACAACCGGCUCAAGAGUCUGCCCGGGCGACUCUUCGCCAACAACACCGAGCUCCGGACUGUCUCGCUCGAAAACAACAGUCUUAGGAGCCUCCCAGCUGAGCUGUUUUCUGGAACACCAUCGCUGAACCUUCUGCUGUUGGGACGAAACCCGUGGAACUGCAGCAGCUGUGACGUCACAAUGAUGUCUGCCUGGAUAGCAUCACGACACAUCGACAUCGGUGAUGUCGUCCCACGCUGCUCAGGGCCCGGGCCACAAGCUGGCAGGGACAUACACCAGGUGGUUCCUGGUCACUGCCUCAAGCAUCGUGUCCUAUAG